CUUACCCCGUUACUUCCCCUAACGAAUACAGUCUCUUCUUCGCUAAUUGCGCUCCUCAAACCUCAGUUUCUAUGGUCGUUCGCACCGAGAUUUUCAAUCUCGAAUCGGACGGUUCCAAGGACUAUCUCUCCGCCGGACAAACUCAACUCCCUUCCAUGUUCUUCCUCUUCUUUCUCGCAUACCUAACUUUCUUCGUCUUCUAGGUUUACAUUUGUUACACCAAUAAACAUUCCGUUCACAGAAUUCAUCUUUUAAUGGCGGUUUUGCUUCUCAUGAAAGCUUUGAAUCUUAUCUGUGCUGCAGAGGAUAAGCAUUAUGUUAAGGUCACUGGUUUACCUCAUGGAUGGGAUGUGUUGUUCUAUAUUUUCCAGUUCAUUCGUGUUGUUGUGUUGUUCACUGUUAUCGUUUUGAUCGGUACUGGUUGGUCUUUUCUUAAGCCGUUUUUGCAAGAUAGGGAAAAGAAGGUGUCGAUGAUUGUGAUCCCUCUUCAAGUUUUGGCUAAUUUGGCUUCUGUUGUGAUUGGUGAGACUGGUCCUUUUAUCAAAGAUUGAGUUACUUAGAGUCAGGGGUUUUUGCUUGUUGAUAUUAUUUGCUGUUGUGCUAUUAUUUUCCCUAUUGUUUGGUCUAUAAGAUCGCUUAGGGAAACGUCGAAAACCGACGAAAAAGCGUCUAGGAAUCUUGCGAAGUUGACACUUUUUAGGCAGUUUUAUAUUGUUGUUAUUGGGCAUCUGUAUUUUACGAGAAUAGGUUGGUUUACUUUUUUCCCUUUCAAUGCCUUGCCACGUGUCCCUUCGUGA